AUUAAGUUUAGCGAAUUAAUAUGAAAGACACGACAGACACACUUUUAUUACUGUUCAUACGUUAUUCGACUUCGGUGCUAAUAGUCGGUAUAUAUUUCACAUUUACUCAACAGAAUUCCGAUAAACACAACAACAAAUAUGCUUUUGAAGAGCGCCGUUUAUAUAAUCUGCGCAGUGCAUUUUUUAACUUCAGCAUGGGGCACUGGACUAAACAGAGAUCAAUUAAAUACAGUUAUUAGAAUGUACGAAAACGACGAAAUUUCCGGAAAAGAAACCGCACAAAUUAUGGAAAACAUGUUUGGAAUAAAAUCGUUCAGAAAUGUUUUCAAAUACGAUUCCAGUAACUUAUUAUUUUGUAUAGAUUUUAACGAAGUUUCCGGUUCUGUAAAUUUGAAGGAGUUAUUGUUAGCAUUAGCGUACGAAGAUAAGCCAAUAUCUGACUGCUUCGAGUGUCAAAUGCUUACUGCUUUCGAAGUAGAGCUUUUCCUUAACGUGUUUGCCGGUCAUGUCAAAAAUGAUGAACAAGAGGGCUAUCUUACUCCUCAACUUCUGAAAGAUGUAUUUGAAGAUUUGAAAAUAGACGGUGCCGAACUAUUAGUCGAGGACCUUAAAGCUAAAAAUAGUGCAGUUGACAGCUCCGCAAUUAAUCCAGGGGACUUCUUGUUGAUCAUGUUGGAUAUUAAACCAGAAGGAAAUGGUCUAAACCAAGCACUAAUAAAAAAGCUGGUUGAUUUGUACAAAUUUCACAAAACUAAUAACGGUAGCAUCGAUACUCUGGAAGUACAUAAAAUAUUCAAAGAGUUCGAUAUGGCUACAACGGAACAUGAAUCGAAAAUUUUUAAAUCCAACAGACCCGCUGAAAAAGAGUUGAUGGAGUUGGUCAUCGUCACGGCAGAACGUAAUAGAACGGUUAAGAAAAAUGAAGACGGCGUGCUUUGUACGGAACAGAUCAGACGCUAUGUACACGGUUUCACUGAACUGGACUUGAACAAAGACGGUUUACUUUCGGCUGAAGAGACUUCCGGGUUUCUUGACGAGUUAGAGGAAUUUUUGGAGUAUUUGGGAGCGCCCGAGAAAGAUUCUGCCACUCGAGAAAAUUCGAAAAACUAUUUAACGAACAUUUACUUUGACGGUGAUAAAAAUAUUAACAUUGCGGAAUUCUUGGAAAUUAUAUGGUUCUAUUCGGAAAAAACCGCAGUGCUACUCAAACUUCUUGAUUCUGACGUUAAUAAUAAUCAUGAGUGAUGAUUACAAACAAGUUUAAACAGCAUAAGUUUCAUCUUGUGCGUGACCAAUAAGCAUAAUAACAAUAUUCGACAUUUUUACAUUUAAUAAUAACUUAUUAUAAUAUUUAACAUAUGUUUAAUGUAUACUAAAACAAAGUAAUAGAAUUGGAUUUUUUUUUUGUUAUGUGAUAAGUACUAAUAAGCAAUUAAGAUUAUGGAAAAACUCAACUACAAAACUGUAAUUAUUUUUGUUCAAUUAUAAACA